AUGCCUCCCCCGACCGAGCCUCCCUCGGUCUGCGAGCUGCGGCGCUGCUGCGGCGCACACUUCAAGGAGGAGGCGUGGCUCGCGUGCCAGGCGCGCUACCUCAACCUGCGCCUGCUCAUCUUCAACCCGGCGGCACACUUCGCCAACCAGGCCGCGGCGUGCGGGCCGGAGCUGCCGGGCGAGCUGCCGCCGGGAGAGCGCGCGGCCGACAACCCCGCCGCGCCUCCACAAUCCACUCUCGCAACUCUACCGCGCAGCCAGCACACGCACGUCGGCGAGGCCGACAAAGCUCUGCAUGGCCUGGUUUAUCGGGGAUCGAGUGAUGGCGUAUUAUUGGGCAGUCUUCUCAUUGGCGAGUCAGACUGCUCAGCGUCGGCAGCAACGGCGCGUGAGCAGCGCAGCCACCGGCUCCUGCGGCGUUUGCAGCCACACCAAACGCCCGCGCGGGCCGGGUUGAAGCCCCAGGCUUAUGUCGACGCCGGACAUUGA